AGGCUCAGCGAGGACCCCCCCCUCCUCCUCUGCCCCAUGUCCGAUCCCGCUCCGCCGCCCGGCAUGGCCCGUGCCCCGCUGCCCGCCGCCGCCUUGCUGGCCGCCGCUCUGCUGCACUGCGCGCCCGCCGCGCCCGCCCGCCGACACAAGCCGGACAUGUCUCGAAAGCAUCACACCUGGAAGGAGCAGGCUCCUUGGCUGUCCUCCUUGGUGAACGCUGUGGGGACUGGUGUGCCUGCCAAGGGCUUCCCUGUGGGCACGGAGGGGCAGGUGGCGCGCUGGAACCCCCCCCGCUGCGGCGUGCCCGACCUCCCGGUGCUGACGGACGGGCAGAGCGGGCGCAACCGGCAGAAGCGGUUCGUCCUCUCCGGCGGACGCUGGGACAAGACCAAUCUCACCUACAAAAUUGUCAGGUUCCCGUGGCAACUUGUAAAAGCUAAAGUGAGAAGGACCAUAGAAGAAGCUUUGAAAGUCUGGAGCGAUGUGACCCCGCUGACCUUCACUGAGGUGCAGGAGGGACGGGCUGACAUCGUCAUCGAUUUCACGAGGUACUGGCAUGGAGACAACUUGCCUUUUGAUGGGCCCGGAGGGAUCCUGGCACACGCAUUCUUCCCCAAGACACACCGGGAGGGAGAUGUCCAUUUUGACUAUGACGAGACCUGGACGAUUGGGAACAACCUGGGCACUGACCUUCUGCAAGUGGCUGCUCAUGAGUUUGGCCACGUCCUGGGCCUGCAGCACACGGCUGUCUCCAAGUCCCUGAUGUCUCCUUUCUACAUCUUCCGCUACCCCCUAAGCCUGAGUGAGGAUGACAAGCAAGGUAUCCAGCACCUCUAUGGGAAACCCUCACCGGAUCCUGACCCAACCCCAACGCAGCCAGCAGAGCUGCCCCAGCCAGACCUCGAAACAAACGAGAUCACCAAUGUGGAGGACGUGCAGCCCAACGCCUGCCACACGGCUUUUGACGCCGCCUCCACCAUCCGAGGGGAGCUGUUCUUCUUCAAGUCCCGCUACGUGUGGCGGCUCCGAGCUGGAAGGCUGCAGGACGGCUACCCUGCUCUGGCCUCCCGUCACUGGCAGGGGAUCCCCAGCUCUGUUGAUGCCACAUUCGAGGACCCUCUGGGCAAUAUCUGGUUUUUCCAAGAUUCUCAAUACUGGAUUUACGAUGGCGAGAGACGGGUAUCUGGACCCACCCCGAUUGUGGAGCUGGGCCUCCCUGCAUCCCCUGUGCAGGCAGCUCUGGUGUGGGGGGCUGAGAAGAACAAGAUCUACAUCUUCAGCGGAGGCAACUACUGGCGCUUCAACCCUCACACGCGUCAGGUGGACAACAUCUACCCCCGGGCCAUGGCCGACUGGCGCGGUGUCCCGCAGGAGAUCGAUGCGGCUUUUCAGGAUGAGCUUGGUUUUGCCUAUUUCCUGAGAGGCCAAGAUUACUGGAAGUUUGAUCCAGUCCAGGUGAAAGUGCUGGAGGGCUACCCACGCCAGAUCAGCCAGGACUUCUUCAGCUGUACACCUUCCUCCAACUCCUUCAGAUGAGGGGCAUGCCUGUGUCCUCCAUGCUCCCCUUUUAUCACCCUUACCUCCAGCAGCCACACAGAGGGUUCUCUCUGCCAUUCUUGGCUUCCUUCCAGGCUCAGCAUCUGACACAACAUGUGCCUGUCACAACAAGUGACAAAGUUUGCUCCUCUCCAGUUCCAGCAGCCCCAGCUUCAGUUGCUAUCACUGUAAAAGCAGCUGCCAUGUUCUUUGCAGGCAAAAGAGUGGCCAUACUCUUCUAGCAAUAGCAUCCCAAAAGCCAUCAGGCCAGCCUGGAGUGGGAUCAUGCUCUCAUAAAUAACCUGGACCCCGUCCCGUAGAACUGAUGCAAUGGCAUUUCCUAUGUUUACAUAGUUCACUACAGCAGCCCUUUGGUGCUCCAGACGCUGGCCAGGGAGGAAGGCUGCCCCAGCCCCAGCCAGGGGCUCUGAAGGACACUGACUGUACCUGCGGAGGGUGCGACGUGCGGCUGCUCCAGGGUCCCUUGGCCGGGGCAGCCACCAGGACUGCCAGGGCCCUGCCCAGCCCUACUCCCGUUUUGACGUUGUAUCACUCGUACGCGUUAGGAUUUUGUACCGAUUUGUAUAUAGACAAGGGGCCCCUUCCCUCCCUCCCUCCCCUCCACGGUGCCGGGCGCCAGUGCUGGACACUGCCCCGCGCUCACCCGGGCGAGGUUCCCACCCCGGAUCGCUCAGGAUGCACUGACCGCUCCCGGACCGCUGUCCCCGGGCUGGCACCGCACA